AUGGGCUGCGCAAUAUCAGGGCUGGCACCGAAAACAGCUGGAGAGACGAAGACGGAGGAUGCUGUUGCGCAUCUCAGCAAGGAGCAGAUCGAGAUGAUCAAAGAGUCAUGGAAAGUUAUCCAGGAGGACAUUGCAAAAGUUGGAAUUAUUAUGUUUGUCAGGUGAGAUAUUCUGAUUUAAUUUUGUUUUAGUUAUUUGUAAGCAAGUUAGACAUUUUUGCUUUAUUAGACUGAAUAUUUUCAUAAACAUUUAUGGUACCUCUCAUAGAAAGGCAAAACAUUAUCUUCAACACUAUUGCUCUCAACUAGCUAUUAAAUUCCAGACAUGAUUGAAUGAAUUGCCUAGAACAAAGACAGUUGAUGACCACAGGGACUGCAUGAUGACUGACAUCAUAAUUCAUGACUAUAAACACAAAAAUAUGCCAACAACUUCACAUUAUUCACACAGUAGUUAUUUGUCUUAUUUGCAAUUAUAUCUGCAAUACAUAUGACUGUGGAAACAGUAGGAUCAAUAUGUAGGAUCAGCACAUAUAUAAUUGUUAUAUUGUAUGAGAACUAAGCCCCAUCAUCCUAAUAAAAUGUUGGCACUCCUUGUGCUGCCUUAUUCAAAAAGCUCUCAAGGCAUCUUUAGGGAGAGACAUUAUUUAGUCCACAACAGAGAGGGCUCUCGGGGCUCAAUGAUUGAAUGUGACUGUGACAUGGUGCCUAACCUCUGCUCACAAACAAGCAACUGUACAGUACAUAGUCCUAUUCUUUAACAUCUGCCACAUCCCUCUGCCUUGUGGUUUGAAGACUUUCAUGAAGGGGUUGGAGGGUGUUGCCUUCCUCCCUCCCAUCAUCCUACAUCAUGUCUCAAUAUUACAUGAUAAAUAUACAGCACCAGGCCCCUUCCCAUCCCUUCAUAUCUAUUGACAAACGAAGACGCUCGAAGCAAAGAAAAUACAUAUCAACAAGCACAAUAGCCAGCCUUUGAAAUGUAAUAGUUUGCAGAGAGAAAAAAACUGCAUGAAUAGUGUAUGCAGUCCUAGUUUGGUGCUAGUCUGACAUUACGGCUGUUGAUAGAGAGAGAGAGAGAGAGAGACCUCCAGGCACGGCACAGAAGAUGGCUUUAAGCCCAAUCAAGGCAAUACAGUGCCUUUAGAAAGUAUUCACACCCCUUGACCUUUUCCACUUUUUGUUGUGUUACAGCCUGAAUUUAAAAUGGAUUAAAUUUAGAUUUUGUGUCACUGGCGUACACAAUACCCAAUAACGUGAAAGUGGAAUUACGUUUUGAGAAAUGUUUACAAAUUAAUAAAAAAAUGAAAAGCUGAAAUGUCUUGAGUCAAUAAGUAUUCAACCCCUUUGUUAUUGCAAGCCUAAAUAAGUUCAGGAGUAAAGAUGUGCUUAACAAGUCACACAUGUUUCAUGGACUCACUCUGUGUGCAAUAAUAGUGUUUAACAUGAUUUUUUAAUGACUACCUCAUCUCUGUACCCCACACAUACAAUUAUCUGUAAGGUCGGUCGAGCAGUGAAUUUCAAACACAGAUUCAACCACAAAGACCAGGGAUGAAGGGCACCUAUUGGUAGAUGGGUACAAAAAAAAUUUUAACCCGACAUUGAAUAGCCCUUUGAGCAUGGUGAAGUUAUUAAUUAUAAUUUGGAUGGUGUAUCAAUACACCCAGUCACUACAAAGAUACAGGGGUCCUUCCUAACUCUGUUGCUAGAGAGGAAGGAAACUGCUCAGGUAUUUCACCAUGAGGCCAAUGGUGACUUUAAAACAGUUACAGAGUGGAAUGGCUGUGAUAGGAGAAAACUGAGGAUGGAUCAACAACAUUGUAGUUACUCCAAUAUACUAACGUAAUUGACAGAGUGAAAAGAAGGAAGCCUGUACAGCAUAAAAAUAUUCCAAAACAUGCAUCCUGUUUGCAAUAAGGCACUAAAGUAAUACUGCAAAAAAUGUGGAAUAUCCUGAAUACAAAGCGUUAUGUUUGGGGCAAAUCCAACACAACACAUCACUAAGUACCACUCUUCAUAUUUUUAAGCAUGGUGGUGGCUGCAUCAUGUUAUGUGUAUGCUUGUUUGCUUUUUUGGGAUAAAAAUAAACAGAAUAGAGCUAGGCACAGGCAGAAUCCUAUAGGAAAAUCUCACAGCUGUAAUCGCUGCCAAAGGUGCUUCUACAAAGUAUUGACUCAGGGAUGUGAAUAAUUAUGUAAAUGAGAGAUUUCUGUAUUUCAUUUUCAAUAAAUGUGAAAAAAAUGAUAAAAACAUGUUUUCACUUCAUUAUGGGGUAUUGUGUGUAAAUGGGUAAGAGAAAAAAAUAUAUUUAAUCCAUUUUGAAUUCAGGCAGUAACACAAUAAAAUGUGGAACAGGUCAAGGGGUAUGAAUACUUUCUGAAGGCACUGUAUGUGCGAAUGCUGUUCAUCAACUACAGCUCAGCGUUCAACACCAUAGUGCCCUGACUGCCCUCCAAGCUCAUCACUAAGCUAAGGACCCUGGGACUGAACACCUCCCGCUGCAACUGGAUCCUGGACUUCCUGACGGGCUGCCCCCAGGUGGUGAGGGUUGGCAACAACACAUCCGCCAUGCUGACCCUCAACACGGGGCCCCCUCAGGGGUGCGUGCCAAGUCCCCUCCUGUACUCUCUGUUCACCCACGACUGCAUGGCCACGCACGACUCCAACAUCAUCAUUAAGUUUGCUGAUGACAUGACGGUGGUAGGCCUGAUCACCGACGAUGAUGAGACAGCCCAUAGUGAGGAGGUCAGAGACCUGGCAGUGUGGUGCCAGGACAACAACCUCUCCCUCAACGUCAGCAAGACAAAGGAGCUGAUCGUGGACUACAGGAAACGGAGGGCCGAGCACUCCCCCAUUCACAUCGACGGGGCUGUAGUGGAGCGAGUCGAGAGCUUCAAGUCCCUCGGUGUCCACAUCACUAAGGAUCUAUCAUGGUCCACACACACCAACACAGUAGUGAAGAGGGCACGACAAUGCCUCUUCCUUCUCAGCAGGCUGAAAAGAUUUGACAUGGGCUCUCAGAUCCUCAAAAGGUUCUACAGCUGCACCAUUGAGAGCAUCUUGAUUGUCUGCAUCAUAAGUUGGUAUGGCAAUUCCUUGGAAUCUGACUUCAAGACACUACAGAUGGUAGUGGGUACGGCCCAGUACAUCGCUGGUGCCGAGCUUCCUGCCAUCCAGGACCUCUAUACCAGGCGGUGUGUCACGAGUGUCGGUGGAAUGCGGUAGGCCAGAGUCAAGCGCAGGACACAGAAUGAGAUGAAGAACCACUUUACUGAGUAGUAAAGAAAUACAAGAAAAACCCUCCAAACAACAAAGGAGGAGCAAAACCCGCUCACAAAAUGACACUCGUACAAUCCAAUAAACACGCACACCAAACAGUGGACGUGAACAGGUUAAAUAGGCAGACAAACUAACAUAAUGGGGAACAGGUGUGCAACAACAGACAACAAUCAAGUGAACAUAGAAACAUAUAACAUAGAGCGGCAGCAGCUAGUACUCCGGUGACGACGAACGCCGAAGCCUGCCCGAGCCAGAAGGAAGGGCAGUAUCGGCAGAAUCCGUGACAGUACCCCCCCCCCACCCCACCCCCCCCCCCGACACGCGGCCCCAGCCGUGCGUCGACACCGGCCUCGGGGACUGCCAGGAGGACGCGGUGCGGGGGGAUUGGGAUGGUUCUGAUGGAAUUCUCUCGACAAGGAGGGAUCGAGGAUAUAUCUCCUAGGAACCCAGCACUGCUCCUCCGGCCGUACCCCUCCCACUCCACGAGAUACAGCAGGCCCCCUACCCGACGCCUCGAAUCUAGGAUGGAACGGACCGAGUACGCCGGUGCCCCCUCGAUGUCCAGUGGGGGCGGAGGAACCUCCCGUAUCUCAGAUUCCUGGAGUGGACCAGCUACCACCGGCCUGAGGAGAGACACAUCGAACGAGGGGUUAUACGAUCAUUAAUAGGAAGUUGUAACCUAUAACAUACCUCGUUCAAUCUCCUCAGGACUUUAAAUGGGCCCACAAACCGCCUACCCAACUUCCGUCAGGGAAGGCGAAGGGGCAGGUUUCGGGUCGAGUGCCACACCCGGUCCCCCGGGGCUUCCCUGUGGUAGCGGUCGGCGCUCGCCUUCUGACGCCUGAUGUCCCGCUGCAGGCGUUCAUGUGUAGCGUCCCAGGUCUCCUGCGAGCGCCGAACCCACUCGUCCACCACAGGUACCUCGAUCUGGCUCUGAUGCCACGGUGCCAGGGCCGGCUGAUAAUCUAACACACACUGGAAUGGUGUGAGGUCAGUUGAGGAGUGGCGGUUGGAGUUUAUAGCCAUCUCUGCCCAGGGUAGGAAAACCGACCACUCCUCUCGCCGGUCCUGGCAAUACGACCUCAGAAACCUACCCACCUCCUGGUUAAUUCUCUCCACCUGCCCGUUACUCUCGGGGUGAAAACCUGAGGUAAGGCUAACCGAGAUCCCCAACCGUUCCAUGAACGCCCUCCACUCCCUUGAGGUGAACUGGGAACCCCGAUCAGACACUAUAUCCUCAGGCACCCCAUAGUGCCGGAAGACGUGUGUAAACAGGGCCUCGGCAGUUUGUAGGGCCGUAGGGAGUCCGGAAAGAGGAAGGAAGCGAGAGGUCUUAGAAAACCGAUCCACAACGACCAGGAUGGUUGUGUUCCCCCUUGAGGGAGGAAGAUCAGUCAUAAAAUCCACCGAUAGGUGGGACCACUGUCUUUGUGGAACGGGUAGGGGUUGUAAUUUCCCUCUAGGCAGGUGUCUAGGAGCCUUACACUGGGCGCACACCGAGCAGGAGGAAACAUAAACCCUCACGUCCUUGGCUAAGGUGGGCCACCAGUACUUCCCACUAAGACAGGUCACUGUCCGACCGAUGCCAGGAUGACCAGAGGAGGGUGACGUGUGAGUCCAAUAGAUCAAACGAUCGCGGACCUCUAGCGGUACGUACUUACGACCCUCUGGACACUGGGGAGGAGAGGGUUCGCUACCUAACGCCUGCUCGAUGUCCGCGUCAACCUCCCACACCACCGGUGCCACCAGACACGACGCUGAAAGUAUGGGAGUGGGCCACACGGAACUCUCCUCCGUGUCAUACAGUCGGGACAGAGCAUCUGCCUUAGCAUUCUGCCCGGCCUGUAUGAAAGGGUGAAAACAAAACGGGUUAGAAACAUGGACCAUCUUGCCUGGCGAGGGUUUAACCUCUUCGCCGCUCGGAUGUACUCCAGAUUGCGGUGGUCAGUCAAAAUGAGAAAAGGGUGUUUAGCCCCCUCAAGCCAAUGUCUCUACGCUUUCAGGGCUUUGACCACCGCCAACAACUCCCGGUCCCCCACAUCAUAGUUGCGCUCUGCCGGGCUGAGCUUCUUCGAAAAGAAAGCACAGGGGCGGAGCUUGGGUGGCGUGCCCGAGCGCUGAGAAAGCACAGUGCCUAUCCCAGCCUCGGAUGCGUCCACCUCAACCGUGAAGGCCAAGGAGGGAUCCGGAUGAGCCAGCACUGGAGCCGAAGUAAACAGCUCCUUCAGGCGACUAAAAGCCCUGUCCGCCUCAGCUAACCACCGCAGACGCACCGGUCCCCCCUUCAGCAACGAGGUAAUGGGAGCCACUACCUGACCAAAGCCCCGGCUAAACCUCCGGUAGUCGUUGGCGAACCCCAAGAAACGCUGCACCUCCUUUACCGUGGUUGGAGUCACCCAAUUACGCACGGCCGAAACACGGUCACUCUCCAUCCUCACCCCAGACGCGGACAUGUGGUACCCUAGGAAGGAGAUGGACUCCUGAAAGAACAGGCAUUUCUCUGCCUUAGCAUACAGGUCAUGCUCUAACAGUCUUUCAAGCACUUUACGCACCAGGGACACAUGCUCGGCCCUUGUAGUUGAGUAUAUAAGUAUGUCAUCAAUAUACACCACUACCCCUUGUCCGUGCAGGUCCCUGAAAAUCUCAUCCACAAAUGAUUGGAACCCGUAUGGCAUGAAAGAUACUCAUAAUGUCUAGAGGUGGUACUAAAUGUCGUCUUCCACUCAUCUCCCUCCCGGAUACGCACUAGGUUGUACGCGUUCCUGAGAUCCAAUUUUGUGAAGAAGCGUGCCCCGUGCAAUGAUUCCGUCAUACUAGCUAUCAGGGGUAAUGGAUAGCUGUACUUGAUGGUAAUCUGAUUUAAGCCACGGUAAUCAAUGCACGGGCAUAAACCACCAUCCUUCUUCUUCACAAAAAGAAACUCGAGGAGACAGGUGAAGUGGAUGGCCGAAUGUAUCCCUGUCUCAGAGACUCGGUGACAUAUGUCUCCAUAGCCGCCCUCUCCUCCUGAGACAAAUGGAUACACGUGACUCCGGGGAAGUGCAGCUCCUACCUGGAGAUUUAUCGCGCAAUCCCCCGGACGAUGAGGUGGUAAUUUAGUCGCCCUCUUUUUACUGAAGGCGAUAGCCAAAUCGGCAUACUCGGCAGGAAUGUGCAUAGUGGAAACCUGGUUUGGACUCUCCACCGUAGUUGCCCCCAAGGAACCUCCUACACACCUCCCUGAACACUGACCAGACCAUCCCUUAAGAGCCCUCUGUUGCCAUGAAAUCGUGGGGUCAUGAAUGGUUAACCAGGGAAGUCCCAACACCACAGGAUACGCAGGAAAAUAAAUCAGGUAGAGGCUAAUCCUCUCCUCAUGACCCCCCUGCGUCCUCAUCAGAAGUGGUGUGGUGACCUCCCUGAUUAUGCCUGACCCUAACGGGCGACUAUCUAAAGCGUGCACAGGGAAAGUUUUAUCAACAGACACAGUAGGAAUCCCUAAACUAUGAGCAUACUGGCGAUCAAUAAAAUUCCCAGCCGCGCCUGAAUCUACUAGCGCCUUAUGCUGGGAAUGGGGGGAAACUUCUGGAAAAACAAUAUCUAUACACAAAUUAGCAACAGGAGGCUCUGGGUGAGUCGGGUGCCUACUCACCUGAGACGGUCGACCAGUGCCCUGCCUGCUGGCUCGACCUCCUGAGGACCCUCCCCAGCACCGACCAGCAGUGUGUCCUCUGCAGCCACAGUUGGUGCAGGGGACGGUCCCUCUCCCCGUCUCCCUAACCGCAGCACCUCCGAGCUCCAUGGGGGUAGACUUGGAGGUGCUGAGGGAUAGAAUGGACGGCCCUUGAUCAGAACGUCCGUGGGCUGCCAACAGGUUAUCCAACCUGAUGGACAUGUCCACCAGUUGGUCCAGGGUGAGAUCGGUGUCCCUGCAGGCCAGCUCCCGAUGGAUGUCCUCCCUUAAGCUGCAGCGAUAAUGGUCGAUCAGGGCCUUCUCAUUCCAUCCCGCGCUGGCUGCUAAAGUUCUGAACUCCAGCGCGAACUCCUGCGCGCUCCUCAUCUCCUGUCGUAGGUGGAACAGACGUUCACCCGCCGCCCUCCCCUCUGGUGGAUGAUCGAAUACCGCCCGGAAGCGGCGGGUGAAAUCCUCGUAGCGGACAGUACUUGUGUCUAUUCCUCCCCACUCGGCGUUGGCCCAUUCCAGCGCCUUCCCCGAUAGACAGGAGAUGAGGGCGGACACGCUCUCGUAAUCCCGAGGGCGCCGGGUGAAUGGUGGCCAGGUACAGCUCGACCUGGAGGAGAAAUCCCUGGCACCCCGGCAGGUGUUCCGUCAUAUGCCCUCGGGAGUGAGAGCCGAAUCCCACUGGACCCAGAUGGCGAAGCGGUGACCAGUGUUGUAGGUGGUUGAGUGGUUGGAGAUGGUGACGGGAUACCACCUUUCUCCCAUCGUUCCAUCGUCUGGAAUACUCGUUCCAUGGUGACCCCGAGAGUCUGAAUCAUUAAUUCCUGACGUUGGACUCGUUCCUCCAUCGUCUCGGUUACUCCGGCUGCUCCUGCUGACUCCAUAGUGGUGCGUGUUUCUGUCACGAGUGUCGGUGGAAUGCGGUAGGCCAGAGUCAAGCGCAGGACACAGAAUGAGAUGAAGAACCACUUUACUGAGUAGUAAAGAAAUACAAGAAAAACCCUCCAAACAACAAAGGAGGAGCAAAACCCGCUCACAAAAUGACACUCGUACAAUCCAAUAAACACGCACACCAAACAGUGGAUGUGAACAGGUUAAAUAGGCAGACAAACUAACAUAAUGGGGAACAGGUGUGCAACAACAGACAACAAUCAAGUGAACAUAGAAACAUAUAACAGAGCGGCAGCAGCUAGUACUCCGGUGACGACGAACGCCGAAGCCUGCCCGAGCCAGAAGGAAGGGCAGUCUCGGCAGAAUCCGUGACACGGUGUCAGUGGAAGGCCCUAAAAAUUGUCAAAGCCUCCAGCCACCCAAGUCAUAGACUGUUCUCUCUGCUACCGCACGGCAAGCUUUACCGAUGAACCAAGUAUGGAACCAACAGGACCAUGAACAGCUUCUACCCCCAAGCCAUAAGACUGCUAAAUAGUUAGUCCGGGUAGCUAUUUGGUUAACUAUUUAACUAUCUGCAUUGACCCUUUUUGCACUCACUUUUUUUUGGACUAAUCACAUACGCUACUGCUACUGUUAAUUAUCUAUCCUUUUGCCUUGUCACUUUAUUCCUAGUUAUAUGUAGAUAUCUAUCUCAAUUACCUCAUAACCCUGCACAUGGACUCAGUACUGGUACCCCUUGUAUAUAGCCAAGUUAUCAUUUCUCAUUGUGUAUUUAUUAUUAUGUGUUAUUACUUUUCUAUUAUUUCUCUAUUUUCUUUCUCUCUGCAUUGUUGGGAAGGGCCCGUAAGUAAGCAUUUCACUGUUAGUCUACACCUGUGGUCUACGAGGCACGUGACGAAAAACAUUUGAUUUGAUUUGAAUAUACUGUAGUUUGAGGUGUGAAGCUCAUUAACUAUUGUUUUCUGUAGCUGUGUGGGAACAACAGAGACAUGGGUAAUUUCCCUUACAUCAAUGAGGUGUGGUAUGAAUUACAUUGUGCCUAUAAAUUAAGAACGACAUUCACGGGGAAGAAUAUUCUGUGUCCUAUAACAAUAGGGCUCGUAAUAGGGCUCCUCUGGAAAUCCACUCAGCUUGACAUCCAUCUUACCUAGUCACAUAAUUAUAAUAUAAUGCAUUCAGGUCUACAUUCAGUGCAGAAUAUCUCCAGAAUAUGAAGAUGUUUUGUUUAUUUUCUUUUGCAUUAUUACUUUUAUUUUCUGUCAUUAAUUGUAUUAUUUUAAGGUUCUAGUAAUUUUGACAUAAUUCCAUGUAAUGAAUGUGUCAACUUAAGUCCCCUGAAACGUAUCACUUGUAUCAUCAGCCAAAAUUCAUAAGAUAUUUUAUUGUUAAUGCAAGUAGAACAUAACAACCAUUCAGAGACCCAUUUUGAAAUCACCUUCUCACACACCUCUUCUCUGCUCCUUUCAUCUGUCUUUCAAGGGCCUAGUGUUUAUGACAGUGGCAGUUGGCUGCGAUACAACUGUGAGUGUGAAUAUGACACGGUUAUUUUCUCUCUCACACAGAGGCAGUAAGAGGUGGAAAUGGAAGUGUAUGUGCAAGGCUCUUAUACCCCACCUCAUAACAUGAUGAGGAAAAACACAAAAAUGGGAAGGGGGGAGGAGAUAAUUAGCAAUAUAAAGCCAAGUAAUUAAUGCAUGGUUUCUAUAGAUCCUACAGAGCUUUAAUGGUAUGUACCGUAUAUGGUGAUGUAUGCAUUAUGGAGCCCACAGCAGGGCAUUGUGUUUAGUGAUUACAUUACUAUGUUAAGAUAGACACGUCUGCUGAAUAGCUACCUGAUAGGAUUGCAGUGUGAAUUAAAUCUCUUGUUAAACUGGAGCUGGAGGUGUUUGAGGUAGAGGCUGUGAGGAGGGGGGAUGGGGCACACAUACACAUACAGUGGGGAAAAAAAGUAUAUCAGCACCAGUGCAGUUCUCCCACAAAAAGAGGAGAGCCUGUGUUUCAUCUAGGUACUGUCAACUAUGAAGCAAUGAGAAAAUGUUGAAAAUCACAUUGUACUUUUUGAUUAUGCUAUGUGGAAAUAGUAGGGGUCACUAAAACAAUCAAGAUUUUGGCUUCACGACUGGAAUUCUUUUUAAGACUCUGUCCUCCACUCGUACCUGUUUAAUGGCACUAUUUGAACUUGUUAUCAGUAUAAAAGACACCUGUCCACAACCUCAAACAGUCACACUCCAAACUCCACUAUGGCCAAGACCAAAGAGCUGUCAAAGGACAGCAGAAACAAAAUUGUAGACCUGCACCAGGCUGGGAAGACUGAAUCUGCAAUAGGUAAGCAGCUUGGUUUGAAGAAAUCAACUGUGGGAGCAAUUAUUAGGAAAUGGAAGACAAACAAGACCACUGAUAAUCUCCCUCGAUCUGGGGCUCCACGCAAGAUCUCACCCCGUGGGAUCAAAAUGAUCACAAGAACGGUGAGCAAAAAUCCCAGAACCACACGGGGGGACCUAGUGAAUGACCUGCAGAGAGCUGGGACCAAAGUAACAAAGCCUACCAUCAGUAACACACUACGCCGCCAGGGACUCAAAUCCUGCAGUGCAAGACGUGUCCCCCUGCUUAAGCCAGUACAUGUCCAGGCCCGUCUGAAGUUUGCUAGAGUGCAUUUGGAUGAUCCAGAAGAGGAUUGGGAGAAUGUCAUAUGGUCAGAUGAAACCAAAAUAUAACUUUUUGGUAAAAACUCAACUCGUCGUGUUUGGAGGACAAAGAAUGCUGAGUUGCAUCCAAAGAACACCAUACCUACUGUGAAGCAUGGGGUGGAAACAUCAUGUUUUGGGGCUGUUUUUCUGCAAAGGGACCAGGACGACUGAUCCGUGUAAAGGAAAGAAUGAAUGGGGCCAUGUAUCGUGAGAUUUUGAGUGAAAACCUCCUUCUAUCAGCAAGGGCAUUGAAGAUGAAACGUGGCUGGGUCUUUCAGCAUGACAAUGAUCCCAAACACACCGCCCGGGCAACGAAGGAGUGGCUUUGUAAGAAGCAUUUCAAGGUCCUGGAGUGGCCUAGCCAGUCUCCAGAUCUCUACCCCAUAGAAAAUCUUUGGAGGGAGUUGAAAGUCUGUGUUGCCCAGCGACAGCCCCAAAACAUCACUGCUCUAGAGGAGAUCUGCAUGGAGGAAUGGGCCAAAAUACCAGCAACAGUGUGUGAAAACCUUGUGAAGACUUACAGAAAACGUUUGACCUGUGUCAUUGCCAACAAAGGGUAUAUAACAAAGUAUUGAGAAACUUUUGUUAUUGACCAAAUACUUAUUUUCCACCAUAAUUUGCAAAUAAAUUCAUUAAAUAUCCUACAAUGUAUUUUCUGGUUGUUUUUUCUCAUUUUGUCUGUCAUAGUUGACGUGUAGCUAUGAUGAAAAUACAGGAAUCUCUCAUCUUUUUAAGUGGGAGAACAUGCACAAUUGGUGGCUGACUAAAUACUUUUUUUCCCCACUGUACAUACGUAUGCGCACGCACGCACGCACACACAAACACACACACACACAUUCUGUGCCUGCACUGUAUCUGAGCUUAUUGUGGGCUUUUGGAACUUAUGUACCAUUUGACUCUGACAUGACUAGGUCUGAUAAGGCAGGGGAACUCAUUACAGCUCUGUAAGGGGAGAAGGAGAAGAGGCUAUACUGGUCACCCCUGACACUGAGUGGAUUGAUGCUGUGUGUGAUUGCAGCCCGUAGUAGACAUAGAGCCCAGCAGGGAAGGACUGAUGAUGAGAGCGCAGCCAGGACUGAUAACUGCAAGGGGCUCAAUGGCACAAUCAGAUCUCAUGGAUGGCUCAGAUGGGAUGACUUGUAAUGCCACCUUGAAGACAGAUAUUUACAAGGAUAGAGACAGGCAUGGCUUAACUAAAUUACAAUAUCAACAGUUGAUUCAACACUUGCAUUAUAAAAAAACCCAUCAUGGAUUACUUUCAAGACCUUAUGUAUAGCCUUGCUUGAACUCUGUUAUGUAGUCAGUGGGAGAACUUGCAGGACGGAGGGAUGUUUUGGUGUGGGCAUGAAUAUGUCAGUUUGGUUUAAGGCAGGCUUUAUGAAGCUGGCUCUUGGAGGCUCACAAAUGUCUGUUGUCUUGGUAACAGGUUGUUUGAGACCCAUCCAGAAUGCAAAGAUGUAUUCUUCCUGUUCCGAGACGUGGAGGACCUUGAUAGGUUACGGACCAGCCGGGAGCUGAGGGCACACGGCCUACGGUCAGUCACUCUUUUUCUGUCAAUUCUGCAUUGAUAUCAAUGUGAGGUUCCUCUUUCAUCCAGCUCUCCAUUCAGCACUCUGUUGAAGUCUCUACACUGCACAACUCUCAAGUUCCAUACACUUCAGCCGUUGUACUACAGAGGGGGUGGUAUUAUUACAUUUCAAAUGUCAAAAUCUCACAAGGGACCAUCACUGAUUUUAUUGAAACAAAGGAAUUUAUGACAUACUGUAGAAUUUAAGUUUCCUAUUUCAAAGAUCUGUCAACACUGUUUGUGUCCCUAUAUGAGAUUGAAAAACGACGGUAACAUGAGACCAAACCACAAUGAAUAUCACAUAAUCCCAUAAGUGUUAAUGUCAAGGGAGCUUUUGUCUCGCUGAGACUGAAGAGCUGUCACAUCUGUCAAGGCGUCAGUGUAAUGCGGUAGGCGAAGUCAGGCGCAGGACACAGAGCUAAUCAAAAGGCGUACUUUACUCGUAGGUAAAAUGAAUGAACAACAACCUCCACGCAGGGAGGGAACAAACCCGCACACGAACGACAACCAAAACAUGAACAAACACGCGCAACAUACAGUGUGAGACAGAGGGUUAAAUAGGGAAGACAUAACUACAUGAUGGGAAACAGGUGUGACCAAUUAAGACAAAACAAGUCGAACAUAGAUACAUGGAUCGGUAGUAGCUAGUACUCCGGUGACGACGAACGCCGAAGCCUGCCCGAGCAAAGAGGAGGGGCAGCCUCGGCUGAAUCCGUGACAGUACACCCCCCUUGACGCGCGGCUCCAGCCGUGCGCCGACCCCGGCCUCUGGGACGGCCAGGAGGACGCAUGGCAGGGCGAGUCGGAUGACUCUGGUGGAAAUCCCUCAACAUGGAGGGAUCGAGGAUGUCCCUCCUAGGGACCCAGCACCGUUCCUCCGGACCGUACCCCUCCCACUCCACGAGAUACUGCAGGCCCCCCACCCGACGCCUCGAAUCCAAGAUGGAACGGACCGAGUACGCCAGUGCCCCCUCGAUGUCCAGUGGGGACAGAGGAACCUCCCGUACCUCAGACUCCUGGAGUAGACCAGCUACUACCGGCCUGAGGAGAGACACAUGGAACGAGGGGUUAAUACGGUAAUUAAUAGGAAGCUGUAACCUAUAACAAACCUCGUUCAAUCUCCUCAGGACUUUAAAUGGCCCCACAAACCGCCGACCCAGCUUCCGGCAGGGAAGGCAAAGGGGAAGGUUUCGGGUCGAGAGCCAGACCCGGUCCCCCGGUGCAUACACCGGGGCCUCACUGCGGUGGCGAUCGGCUGAUUUCCCGCUGCAGGUGUACAUGAGCAGCGUUCCAGGUCUCUUCCGAGCACCGAAACCACUCAUCCACCGCAGGAGCCUCGAUCUGGCUCUGAUGCCAUGGUGCCAGGACCGGCUGAUAACCUAACACACACUGGAAAGGCGUAAUGUUAGUAGAGGAGUAGCGGAGUGAGUUUUGGGCCAUCUCUGCCCAGGGGAUUUAACCCGACCACUCCCCCUGCCGGCCCUGGCAAUAGGACCGCAGAAACCUACCCACAUCCUGGUUAACUCUCUCAACCUGCCCAUUACUCUCGGGGUGAAAACCUGAGGUAAGGCUAAUCGAGACCCCCAGACGUUCCAUGAAUGUCCUCCAGACCCUUGAGGUGAACUGGGGACCCCGAUCCGACACAACAUCCUCAGGUACCCCGUAGUGCUGGAAGACGUGUGUAAACAGGGCCUCAGCAGUUUGUAGGGCUGUAGGGAGAUCUGGCAUAGGAAUGAGACGGCAGGACUUGGAAAACCGAUCCACAACGUUCCCUUGUGAGGGGGGAAGGUCCGUCACAAAAUCCACCGAUAGGUGGGAUCACGGCCGUUGUGGAAUGGGUAGGGGUUGUAAUUUCCCCCUGGGCAGGUGUCUAGGUGCCUUACACUGGGCGCAGACAGAGCAGGAGGAAACAUAAACUCUCACGUCCUUGGCUAAAGUGGGCCACCAGUACUUCCCACUAAGACAGUGCACUGUCCGACCGAUGCCAGGAUGACCACAGGAGGGUGACGUGUGAGCCCAAAAGAUCACGAACCUCGAGCAGCACGUACAUCCGACCCUCUGGACACUGUGGGGGAGUGGGCUCGGUACGUAACGCCCGCUCGAUGUCCGCGUCAACCUCCCACACCACCGGUGCCACCAGACACGACGCCGGAAGUAUGGGAGUGGGCUCAAUGGACCUCUCCUCUGUGUCAUACAGACGGGACAGGCCGUCUGCCUUAGCGUUCUGGGAACCUGGUCUGUAAGUGAGAGUAAACACAAAACGAGUGAAGAACAUGGCCCACCUUGCCUGACGAGGGUUCAGCCUCCUCGCCGCCUGGAUGUACUCCAGAUUACGAUGGUCAGUCAAAAUGAGAAAAGGGUGUUUAGCCCCCACAAGCCAAUGCCUCCACACCUUCUGAGCUUUGACUACAGCUAUCAGCUCCCGGUCCCCCACAUCAUAGUUGCGCUCCGCCGGACUGAGCUUCUUAGAAAAGAAAGCACAGGGGCGGAGUUUUGGUGGCGUGCCCGAGCGCUGAGACAGUACAGCUCCAAUCCCAGCCUCGGACGCGUCCACCUCAACCUGGAAGGCCAAGGAAGGAUCCGGAUGAGCCAGCACCGGAGCCGUAGUAAACAGGUCCUUCAGAUGCCCAAAAGCCCUGUCCGCCUCAGCUGACAACUGCAGAUGCACUGGUCCUCCCUUUAGCAAGGAGGUAAUGGAAGCCGCUACCUGACCAAAGCCCCGGAUAAACCUCCGGUAGUAAUUGGCAAAACCCAAGAAUCGCUGCACCUCCUUCACCGUGGUUGGAGUCGGCCAAUUACGCACGGCCGAAAUACGGUCAAUCUCCAUCUCCACACCUGACGCGGACAGACGGUGUCCUAGGAAGGAGAUGGACUCUUGGAAGAACAGACAUUUCUCCGCCUUCACAUACAGGUCAUGCUCCAACAGUCGACCAAGCACCUGACGCACCAGGGACACAUGCUCGGCCCGUGUAGCGGAGUAUAUGAGAAUGUCAUCAAUAUACACCACUACACCCUGUCCAUUCAGGUCCCUGAAAAUCUCAUCAACAAAAGAUUGGAAGACUGAAGGAGCAUUCAUCAAACCGUAUGGCAUGACGAGGUACUCAUAGUGCCCCGAGGUGGUACUAAAUGCCGUCUUCCACUCAUCUCCCUCCCGGAUACGCACCAGGUUGUACACGCUCCUGAGAUCCAAUUUCGUGAAGACGCGCGCCCCGUGCAAUGACUCCGUCAUACUCGCAAUCAGAGGUAAUGGAUUGCUGUAUUUUACAGUGAUCUGAUUUAGACCACAGUAGUCAAUGCACGGGCGUAAGCCACCAUCCUUCUUCUUCACAAAAAAGAAACACGAUGACACAGAGGAAGUGGAUGGCUGAAUGUAUCCUUGUCUCAGAGAUUCGGUGACAUAUGUUUCCAUAGCCGCCGUCUCCUCCUGUGACAGAGGAUACACGUGACUCCGGGGAAGCGCAGCGCCUACCUGGAGGUUUAUCGCACAAUCCCCCUGUCGAUGGGGUGGUAAUUGAGUCGCCUUCUUUUUACAGAAGGCGAGAGCCAAAUCGGCAUAUUCAGGCGGAAUGUGCAUAGUGGGAACCUGGUUUGGGCUUUCCACCGUAGUUGCCCCUACGGAAACACCUAUACACCUCCCCAAGCACUGGUUUGACCAUCCCUUGAGAGCCCUCUGUUGCCAUGAAAUAGUGGGGUCAUGAGAAGUUAACCAGGGAAGCCCCAACACCACUGGAAACGCAGGAGAAUCAAUCAGAUAUACACUAAUUAUUUCCUCAUGCCCCUCCUGCGUCUUCAUCCAGAGUGGCGCUGUGACCUCCCUAAUCAGACCUGACCCUAAAGGGUGACUAUCUAGGGCAUGUAUAGGGAAGGGCACAUCAACUGGCACAAUAGGAAUCCCUAACCUACGGGUAAAAUGACGAUCAAUAAAGUUCCCAGCUGCGCCUGAAUCUACUAGCUCCUUAUACUGGGAAUGAGAAGAAAACUCGGGAAAUACAACAUUUAUACACAUGUGCACAACAGGGAGCUCUGGGUGAGUUGGGUGCCUACUCACCUGAAACGGUUCACCAGUGCGCUGCCUACUGCCUCGACUCCUUGAAGGCCCUCCCCAGCACUGACCAGCAGUGUGUCCUCUGCGGCCACAGUUGGUGCAGGGGCCGGCCCCUCUACUGGUCUCCCUCAUAGCAGCACCUCUGAGCUCCAUAGGGGUAGGGUCGGAGGUGCUGGGGGAUGGAAUGGACGGCCCCUGAUCCGGACGUCCGCGGGUGGCCAACAGGUUAUCCAGUCGGAUUGACAUAUCCACCAGCUGGUCCAGGUUUAGGUUGGUGUCCCUGCAGGCCAAUUCCUGACGAACGUCCUCCCUUAAACGGUAGUGGUCGAUGAGGGCCCUCUCAUUCCAUCCUGCGCUGGCAGCCAGAGACCGAAAGUCCAGCGCAAAUUCCUGCGCGCUCCUCUUCCCCUGUCUGAGGUGGAAUAGACGCUCACCCGCCGCUCUCCCCUCUGGUGGAUGAUCGAAUACUCCGCAUAGCUUACAGUUGCGGCGUCUAUUCCCCCCCACUCAGCGUUGGCCCACUCCAGCGCUUUACCGGACAGACAGGAGAUGAGGGCGGACACGCUCUCGUAUCCCAAGGGAGCCGGGUGGAUGGUUGCCAGGUAGAGCUCUAUCUGGAGCAGAAAACCCUGACACCCUGCAGCUGUACUGUCAUAUGCCCUCGGGAGCGAGAGCCGAAUCCCACUGGACCCAGAUGGUGAAGAGAUGGACAUCGGUGUAGGUGGUGGUGUAAUUGGAGGAGUUAUAGGGAUACCUCCUCUCUCCCAUCGCUCCAUAGUAUUAACUACUCGUUCCAUAGCGGUGCCGAGAGCCUGGAUCAUGGCCGCUUGUUGUUGGACGCGUUCCUCCAUCGAUCCGGCUGGCAUUGCUGUACCUGCUGACUCCAUGUUAUGGUGCGUGUUUCUGUCAAGGCGUCAGUGUAAUGCGGUAGGCGAAGUCAGGCGCAGGACACAGAGCUAAUCAAAAGGCGUACUUUACUCGUAGGUAAAAUGAAUGAACAACAACCUCCACGCAGGGAGGGAACAACCCGCACACUAACGACUACCAAAACAUGAACAAACACGCGCAACACACAGUGUGAGACAGAGGGUUAAAUAGGGAAGACAUAACUACAUGAUGAGAAACAGGUGUGACCAAUUAAGACAAAACAAGUCGAACAUAGAUACAUGGAUCGGUAGUAGCUAGUACUCCGGUGACGACGAAUGCCGAAGCCUGCACGAGCAAGGAGGAGGGGCAGCCUCGGCUGAAUCCGUGACAAUAUCCAAUCUCUGGCUGGCUAUUAUCACAUCUGCUGCCAGUGAAGAACACACUUAUCCUCCAUAUGCAGUUCUCCAAUGGUGUGUUUUUCUCCAUUCUGUUGUGUCACUGGGUAUGCUGAGCCUCUUUGUUUUUCUCACCAUGAAAGGCCAAUAAACCCAAUUGAGCCUGAGGUCUCCACUUACAGUUUUUCUCAAUCACGUACAAGCAAUUUUGGGAUCUGUGUUGAAACGUACCUAUAGCAGAACAGAAAUGAUCAAAUGCUCAAAUACAUUUACAGAACUUCUGAUCUUUUUCUUACCUUAGUACGUGACUUGCAUCAGACCACCUUUUGCAAAAUUUUAAAUACAAAUGUCAUCAGUUAAUACAAUAACACAUUGUUUUCAUCAAUAGACAAAUGUGUGCAAUUGUGCUCUCUGUUUCUGGCAAUCAAUAAAUACUACUGCACAAAAUUCUAAAUCACCCCAUCAGUGUCAUACCAUGUACAAUAUAUGGAAAGCUCUAGGGUCGUUCCAUGUCAUGACACCCACCAUCUCAGAUUGUUCUGAAACACUUUCUGUAGUUAGAAACAGAUAAGAUUAGCAUUCAUGCAACAUUAUUUUGUUGAAAUAUAAUUUGAUCUCUGAGAAAUUAAGCUAAUUCAUUGCACCCAAAUUGGCCGUUUUAAUUAAUAGGAUUCAUAUAAUAUUCAAUAAAAAUAUUACCUAACAUCCGAUUUGGACCACACUUUUUUAAAACAAUGAGUAAGACAUCAGGAAUGUAAAGAAAUGGUCAAAAGCCACCCACAGACCCCUCACACCCCAAGCCAAUCCCACCCCAACAUUGAGUAUACAGAAUAAAUUCUCUAUGUCUGACAAGAAGUAUGGAGCUGCAGCUCAAAGUAUUGUUUCUUCAUCCUAUGUAAUGUAUUCUCAGGGAAUUUGGUGAUGGUUUUUUUUCCCAUUCAGAGAAAUUAGCCAUCCUAGUUGUUGCAUUUGUCCUAUCCUACAUCCUGAUAUUUCCAGGUUCUGACCACUAGAUGGUGCUGUUCCUGCUGUUAGGGAUAGUUCACUCAAAUUACAAAAUGACAUUGGUAUCCUUACCCUGUAAGCAGUUUAUGUACAAGGUAUGACAGUAACCCAUGCUUUGGUUUUGUUUAUCUUGCCACUGUUUCAAAUACUAACUUUUUAGCAUUUGUGACACAAAUCCAAUGCAAGUCAAUGUUACCUAUAUUAUCAUUUUCCAAAAUGUCCAAAUCAUCCUAAAGUAUCUAAAAAUAUAUUGUGUAACUCAAUGAUGUUACUUAUAUAUGAUUUGGAUAUGAAGCGCGAAAAUGCAAAUAUAGGUACUGUUGACUUGCAUUGGAUAUGUGCCACAAAUGCUAAUAAGUUAGCAUUUGAAAUCAGUCGACAGGGAAACAAAACCAAAGCAUGGGUUGCUGCCAUACCUUGUACAUAGAGUGGAAAGGAAACCAAUAUGUCAUUUCGUAAUUUGGGUGAACUACCCCUUUAACAUUGAUUUAAAAAAUCAAUAAAAAAAAUCACCUAACAGCAGGUACAGCACCAUCUAAUGGUCAGAACCUGGUAAUAUCAGGAUGUAGGAUGGGACAUAAACCUAACAACUUCAAUGACUAAUUUCUCUGAACAGGGAAAAAGAAACAUCACUAAAUUAACUGAGAAUACAUUACAUAGGAUGAAGAAAUAAUUAUCAGAGCCGCAGCUCCAUACUACUUGUCAGACAUAAAUAACUGAUACUGUAUACUCAAUGUUGGGGUGGGAUUGGCAUGGGGUGUGGGGCGUCCGUGGGUGGCUUUUGACCAUUUGAUUCCUCAUGUCUUACUCAUUGUUCGAAAAAAGUUUAGCCAAAUCGGAUGUUAGGUACUAUAUUUAUUGAAUAUUAUAUUAAUCCUGUACAUGAAAAUUGACAAUUUGGGUGCAAUCAAUUAGCUUAAUUUCUAAUUAUAUUUCAACAAAAUAAUGUUGCAGGAAUGCUAAUCUUAUCUGUUUCUAACCACAGAAACAAUUUCAGAACAAUUUGAGAUGGUGGGUGUCGAAAUCCUCUUUCUUGUGCUUUUUGAGGUAGAAAAACCCUCUAGGCAAUGGGGACUGUCUAAUUGUUAUAAUUUUUUACAAUAUGACAGAGAAUGAAGUUAAGUUACUUCUAAGUAACUUUAGGUUACUUCUAAGUCAUAAUUCAUAUCAUUUGUGUUCCUCCAUUGUAUUCACCUUUCCUUAUUUCUAUUGUGGAUAGUGUUUCUGUGCAACAAUGGAAUGUCUACAAAACAGCCUUUGUAUUGAAUACGUGGAAUUGGAUUGUGAUGAAUGAAUCCUGCACACUAAGUGCUUAUUUUUUAUAAUAAUACUUGAUUUGAUGUAUUUGAAAUUGUUUGGUGAACUAUGCAUAAAAGGAUAGUAAUUGCCCAUAAUUCUGCAUCUUUGAAUAGUUGUAUUUCCAGUUUUGAUAAUCAUGAUUUAGUGAUUGCCAAGAAAUGUAUUGAUCUACUGGGCUUUUUAAAAACAGACUAACUUUCUGUUUUGUUUGCUUGGACUCAAGAGAUAAGUAUGGUUGCAUUAAUCUUUUUGCAGGUAGUUGUGUUAUUUCGAUGAAUGUAUUUGCAAUUUUGACAGUAUAAUAUAGUUUUGAUGAAUGUUUUUAUGUUUUGAGAAAGCAACUACAUCUUGAAAACACAUUUACUGUUUUGCAAAAGGCCACAGAGUUCUGUGUCUUGUGAACUCUGCGUCUUGUGAACUCAACAACAUUGUUCCAAAAAAUGCUUGUACGUGAGAUUUGUUUUUUUAAAUCAAAGGUAUGGAGGCUGCAGUGGCAUUACAGGAGACAGACAGGGAUAUGUACACUACAUCUCCACAUAGCCUCUCUGCACUCAUCCUCCCAGGAAAAGGCCAAGUGGCCCUCAAACUACUCACACGGACAUUAGUACAAAUGUCCUCACCGGCGGCCAGGCUAAGAGGGAGCGCACCCAUUUAACCUUUUGUACAUAUUUAUCAUUCUGCAUAAAACUCUCCCUAACGUGCUCUUUAAUGUAAAAGACAGGCCUGUGGGCAGCAAUGAAACCAUUUUCAGUGUUUAAUGUUGGAGAACAAUUGUUGAAAGAGAGGAUAAAAGAUGACAAAAUGAAUUGGACCACAUAGGUGUCUGCUGUAUGAUCAGUGAUGGUGAUGGUUCAAGGUAUGCCUGUAUGCUAGUCAGUCAGGCUGUCUUUCAUAACCAGGCCUGUGUUCCUUUCCUCUCAGAGUGAUGUCCUUUAUUGAGAAGAGUGUUGCCAGACUGGACCAGCUGGAGAGACUGGAGGUUCUGGCUGUGGAGCUGGGGAGGAGCCACUACCGCUACAACGCCCCGCCCAAAUACUACAGCGUAAGACACACACACUGACAGUGCAUGUUAAGCAAAGUUACAGUGCAUUUCUAUAGAUAUUGAAAUAGAUAUAUAAUUUCCUAUUCUGAUGUGAUUUCUUUCCAGUAUGUAGGAGCAGAAUUCAUCUGUGCUGUCCAACCCAUUCUCAAAGAGAGAUGGACCCCUGAGCUUGAGGAGGCGUGGAAGGUACAGAAUUCAAUCUUUCUCGGUGACCACUUUGAUUUAAUAUGUGGGUGUCAAUCAUGAGAAUCAUGUCUGAAACCAAUUAUUGUCCAAGAGGUCCCUUGGCUUUCUGCAGUGCCAGAGUUGUCCACAUCCAAUGACACAUGUCAAGAUGGAAAUGGUCACCAGUGGAAGAGAGGUGACUGACAUGAAAAUUAAAAUUUCAAUGAACCAGAAAUGACCAUAUUGAGAAUGGCAUGGCUCAAGCACAUCAAGGCUACUACAAUAGUAUUACUACACUUUUCAAUUAAAAUAUCAGUUUGUCAAAUGUAAAACUGCACUCACAUAGAUGUAACUGUAUGUGUUAGUGUGUAUGAUGUAAAUACUGUGUUUCAGACAGUCACUGUGGUUUUUAUUGGUUUUAUAGACCACAGGACUCUGGUAAAUCAGGGCAAGUUUUACUGAGUGCACUGUCUUAAUUAAAUAUACUGAACAAAAAUAUAAAUGCAACAAUUUCAAAGAUUUGAAGGAAAUCAGUGAAUUAAAAGAAAUAAAUUAGGCCCUAAUCAAUGGAUUUCACAUGACUGGACAGGGGUGCAGCCAUGGGUGGGCCUUGGAGGGCAUAGGCCCACCCACUGGGGAGCCAGGCCCAGCCAAUCAGAAAUAUUCCACACCAAUUGCACGCUCCCUCAAAACUUGAGACAUCUGUGUCAUUGUGUUGUGUGACAAAACUGCACAUUUUAACGUGACCUUUCAUUGUCCCCAGCACAAGGUACACCUAUGUAAUGAUCAUGCUGUUUAAUCAGCUUCUUGAUAUGCCACACCUGUCAGGUGGAUGGAUUAUCUUGGCAAAGGAGAAACGCUCACUAACAGGGAUGUAAACAAAUUUGUGCACAAAAUUUGAGAGAAAUAAGAUUUUUGUGCGUAUGGAAAAUGUCUGGGAUUUUUUUAUUUCAGCUCAUGAAACAUGGGACCAAGACUUUACAUGUUACGUUUAUAUUUCUGUUUAGUGUAAAUUAGAUGAAAUGAGUGAAGGAAGCACUGUAGUUUACAAUGAACAUUCCAAUGAAACUGUCUGUAUUGGCCUCUAGUGGAUUCAUGGAGAACUACCCUUACAGCUCCAACCUUAUUCCUGGGAUCAGCUCCUGUGCUCAGGAUAAACUCCUGGCCCUGCUUAUCAUUUAUGUGGAGUGAACAGUUUUUCCUUACCAGGAACAUUCCAGGCUCUACUUAUUUCCUAGUAUAAUGCAUCCCUGCACUCCCCUAAACCUAGACUGAUAAUACAUUGUACUUACAGCUGUAGUGCCAACCCAAACACUAGACUAGUAAUACAUUGUAUUUACAGCUGUAAUGCCACUCCCUAGUUAUAUAUUUUAGCCUACUUACCCCAGCAACGCUAACCCGGUACUACAUUAGACACACAGACCUUGAUUUUAAUUCAACAUUAUUACAGGUGUCCUCAUAAUUCCGUGUUGUUUCUAAACCAGACCCUGUUCCUGUACCUAACCAGGCUUAUGAACCAGGGCUACCAGGAGAGGAGCAGACAUCACCAGGUGGGAACCUCCCCCAAGGAGAGGAACACAGCCUUAUAA